AUGUAUUCGCUAUUAUCAUUUCGGCAGAAGGAUAGUGCGGAUAAAGAAGAAGCAAAGGAUGCAGAACAUAAACCCAUAAUCCCCAUGGGUAUAAUGGCUGUUGCUGGUGUCGUUAUUCUUAUUAUUGUCGCUGUGGUUGCUUGCGGAAUACCUCUUGGAUGGUUUGGAGAAACAAAGACGAAACGGAGGACCGGUGUUGUUACUGAACUGGAAGCGGUCUAUGCUCGACGAGUGGUGCCCUGCUUCGACGAACCAGAUUUAAAAGCCGAAUGGACAAUUACUGUGAUCCAUCCAGAAGGAACUACAGCACUAUCUAACGGAAAGGAAAUUAGUAUUGAGAAGUGA